GCGGGCGCGGGCGGUAGGUGGCGGGCGCACAUGUCAACACAGGAGGCUGGCGGGGCGGUCAUUGCUCAACCACCAACAUUCAGCCUGCCGUCCUCACGUCCUCUGUUGCAGAUGCGAAGAAGAGGCAGGGCGAGGACCAAAUAUGCACUUUUCCAUACCAGAUACCCAGGAGUGUAAAGAAGACACGGGGAGCACCUAUGUAGCCUACAACAUUCACAUAAAUGGAGUGUUUCACUGUACAGUUCGAUAUAGACAGCUAUAUAGCCUCCAUGAACAGCUCAGGAGAGACCUAGGGGGGUCAACGCUCCCUUCCUUUCCCCCAAAGAAACUCUUGCCCUUAUCUCCUACUCAGACAGAAGAGCGAAGAGUCAGUCUGGAAAAGUACAUUCUUCAGUUGAGCCAAGAUCCUCGUGUGCUAAAUAAUGAUGUGUUCAAUGGUUUCCUUGUGUCUGCCCAAAAUGAGACCCAGCGGGCUGGGGGGGGCCAAGACGAGGUGCCAAUUGACAUUUACAUGAUGAGUGGCCAGAAGGUGACACUCAGUGUUCCACCCACACUACAAACAGAUGACCUUCUUGAGAAAGUAUGCAGUCACAUUCACCUUCCAAAUGAAUUGGUUUACUACUUUGCUCUAUUCCUUGUUAAAAAAGAAGAGAGUGAUCUGAUUGUUGUGAAACGACUGCAGGACUUUGAAAGUCCCUACAUUUCUCAGAGAUGCGUCAAAGGCAUGCACAGGAUAGUUCUAAGAAAGAAUUACUGGGACCCUACUGUUGAUCUUGAUGUGAUGGGAGACCGUGUUGGAUUGAAUCUCCUCUAUGCCCAGACUGUGCAGGAUGUAGAGCGAGGCUGGAUCUUAACUAAUCGUGAAAUUCAGAGACAAUUAGCAGCACUUCAAGCUAAAGGAGCCAAAAGAGAAUACCUGGACCUAGCGAGAACACUAAAGUACUAUGGAUAUCUACAAUUCCAGCAGUGCACUUGUGAUUUUCCCAAACCAGGCACUCCUGUUUUGAUUAGUGCCGGGAACAGAGAGCUUAAUUUUAGAAUUGAGUGUGAAGAUGGUUCUGUUAAGGAGGGCAACUUCAAGGUGACUCGCAUGAGAUGCUGGAGAAUAACAGUACAACAGCCAGUAGAGGGGUCAAGCAGUAGUAGGACCAGUUCCACUAGCAACAGCAGUAAUAGUACCAGCAGCACCACUAGUAGUAACAGCAGCAGCAGUAGAAGCAGCUGCAGUAGUCUGGAGGGAGGUCGUCAUGUCAACUUGGAACUAUCAUUUGAAUAUUUGAUGAGUCGUGAGGACAUGCGUUGGGUGACUGUCACCAGCCCCCAAGCCGUCCUCAUGUCCAUGUGUCUACAGGGCAUGGUACAAGAGCUUCUCACUCACAAGCGUGGUCAUAAAGUUAAGACGCCAAGUGAGCGUGUUCGAAAGGGAAGCCUGUCCUACAUGCGGCGAGAUGGCAGCAGUACACAGGUUACUCUAAAUCACACCGGAGAGAGUCUACCAGUGGAUGGCAGUACACAGUCCCCAAUAGGUGAGUUAUCCCUAAGACGUCUCAGUGAGCGCCUCAGUGACCUAAACAUCCUCGACAACCGUCCGUCCGCACCAGCUAAAUCCAAUGGAAGAGCCGAGCCAAGCACUGUUGAAAAUGAUGCAUUUGAUUCGAUUUGUGAUGAUAAUAUAUAAUAAGGAUGUGGAUAUAAACAAGAUAUUAAUUUAUUAGAAUUGUUGAUAUUGAAAAUACAGUAAAUAUAUCAGUAGGUAUUAGAAAUAAUGAAAUUAGUUAGCAUUAUUCAUUGACACAAUUGGAGUAAAAAAAUAUUUAGGUGUAUGAAGGCUGGCUCAUUAUGUCAGGAAAAAGGGUUAUCUUUUGAGACUGGCUUGAUAAGCGGGUGGUGCUCAGAUCAAAAGUUGAAUAUGCAUGUAUAUUUGAAAUAUUGACCAUGCCAUAUCUUGUUCUGCUGUGGAAAAAUGAACAUUGCCUAACCUUACACUGUGUGAUAAAAAAAAAAUGUAUGGACAAUUUUGAACUGUAUAUUCCGUACUUGAGAAGUAUUUUAUGGUACACCAAAUGGGUAUGGCUGUAUAGUUUGCUAAGAAUGACAGAAAUGUACAUGUGUGGCAAGGAUUAUAUAAAGUGUUAAUAGUAAGUUAUUAAAGCCAUUUGCUUCUCUGACGAUUCUGCCUUUUAAAAUGGAGUGCCUUCAUCAUGACAUUAGCCUCGACUGAGGAAAUUUAAUGAUGAACUCCUUUGGGCUUUUUUGUUUUCUUUAUUGACAUUAUACAAGAAC